AUGUUUGGCUUCAUCGCCGACAUUCUCACGUCGGUGAUUUCCAUCCUGCUGCCCGUCUUCUUCUCCUACAAAGCACUGCGUACAUCAGACCCUGCAGUCCUCACGCCAUGGCUCAUGUACUGGACCACCUUUUCGCUAUUCCUGCUCGUCGAGAACCAAUUCUACUUUAUCCUCUAUUGGAUUCCGUUCUACUCCUGGUUCCGUCUCUUCAUCCACAUCUACCUCGUCAUGCCCGGUUCGCAGGGCUCCGUCUUUCUCUACCAGCAAUAUCUGAGACCCUUUCUGGAAGAGCAUGAGCGGCAGUUGGAUGGGAUGAUCAGUCAAGUACACUCCAAGGGUCAGGCCGCCGGGAUGGAUAUCUUCAAGAAGGCGUACGAGUACAUCCGCGUGCAGUUCUUGGGAGGAACGCCGCGCAGACCCACUCCACCACAAAGCCGCAACGUCAGCUACACGACACAGCUUUUCAACCGCUUCGCUAUGCCCGCUGCUAGAGAUGGCUUCACCGCGGCAGGUACCUCCGAUAUCUUCAGUAUGAUCGGAAACGCUCUCCAGCAGAACACACACCCAGAUGCUACAUCCCGCGAGUCCCAGGCUCGGGACCUGGCGGCUUCUGGAACUCUCAUUCCCGACAACCUGGCAGGUGCCGAUCGCGCAGACUUUGUCAACACGCAACGCGAGCGUCUACGGACCCUCCUCCAAGCAUUCGACUCGGAAGCAUACCAUGGCGUCGACGCUGCCACAAGCAGUGCUCAGCCCCACUCCACCCCACCACGCCAGCCGAUCAGCCGAAAGCCUCUUUCGGCCUCCCAAGACUACCUUUCCCGGUCGAGAUCAGAAUCGGAGUUUGAGGAUCUUGGCUACGAGCCUAUGCCGGAUCCAGAGCAUUUCCGCCCGCAAGACGAUCAACCGACUGGGACGCCAACGCCAAAGGAAGGUGCGGGUUGGAGCAAUUGGAUCUGGGGAAACUAUGGUGAACGGGACAGUGCUGCUACCGCUGCGAGGAAGGAAAUGUGA